AUGGCUGGAUCUGUUUUUACGUUAAAAGUUCAAGUAAAUGACAUCAUCAGUCACCAGUACCUGCGACAAGCCGUUGUAGAAGUGUUUGUCAACUUCACGAAGACAAAUUCUACUCUUACUGGAAACAAUGGAGCAGUAUUAAUAAAAGUUCCCUACAAAUUAGGGUUAAGCUUAACUCUCGUAUCAUACAAGGAUGGCUACAUGUUAACACCUUUGCCUUGGAAGACUGGGAGAAUGCCAAUAUACUCGUCUGUGACACUUUCAUUAUUCCCACAAAGUCAAGCUAAUAUAUGGCUGUUUGAAGAUACUGUCUUAAUUACUGGAAAACUGUCUGAUGCCAAAUCUCAACCAAGUGUUCAGUUCCCAAAAUUUUUAAUAAAGCUUCCAACAAAUCAGCAUAUUACAAACAUUACAGCCUACCUGACAGUGCCAGAGCAAUUUUUUAAGGUGGACAGCUUUCUCUAUACAACAGGUAUUCUUCUAAAUAAAUCAGGUUUCAAAAGCAUGGAAUUAGCUCCUCUUGCUGCAAUAUGUGUAAAUGUUUUUUUGACUGGAAAGGAAUUAAAAGUAAACGGUCCCAUUCAGAUAAUACUUCCGCUUACCACAAGUACUGUAAAAUCAGGAGAUGCUAUACCUGCAUGGACAUUUGAUAUGAAAACUGGUAAGUGGGCUAAGUUAUUUGUUAUUCUACCUUUCAGCACACAUAGUUCUGGGCAUAUGACACU